AAUUAGUUCAGCUCUUGACAAAGGUGGGCCAGCCACAGAAGAGGAGCUGUAGUGAGAGCUUAACAGGGCUCCACACACGGCUCUCAAGCCUGCAGCAGAGAGGAGGAGAAGGGUUCCCCUCACACUUUCCCAAUCAGAGCUGGGGUUUGUAGAGAACCGUUGUUCCUUACCCCAGAGCAUAUGAGAGGGCUCACAGGCAUAGCAAGAGUUACUGCUGGACAUUUGGGACAUGAGAGAUGACUUCCACACCAGAUUCAGAUGAUGACAGAGCCUUUAAAGACUCUCUCACACUGCUGUUGAGAUAAGUGACAGGCCUAAGCUGGAGGUAAAUCUUUUCUGUUUGAGCCAUGACAUCAGCUCUCUGUGGCACAUCUCAAGUGGAGAGAUUUACCAGAGGUCUGAAACCACAUAAUAAAAAAGUGAAUGUUGUUGGAAUGCUGCAUCAGUUCUGGGAGCAAAAACAGGUGAACGAUGGCACAAUCGAGACAGAGAACCUAGUAGUUUAUGAAUCCGUUCCCUCACCAGGACCUCCAUUUAUCUGCUAUGUCACCUUACCAGGAGGGAGCUGCUUUGGCAACUACAAGUAUUGCUACACAAAGGCAGAAGCCAGACGUGACGCAGCUCGUAUUGCUCUGAUGAACUCAACAUUCAAUGAUUUGCCCUGUCGUCGUAUCACUCCAGAAUUCAUAACCCGCAGCAUAGAGGAGGCUGUCGCCACUACCAGUGGUAACAUGGAGGAUGCCUCAGACCCGAGCACCAGUUUAGGAGCUUAUUAUCUCAUGCUGAAAUCCAACACAGGAAAAACCAUGCUGGAAUUUCAGGAAUUAAUGACAGUGUUUCAGCUGUUGCACUGGAACGGGACACUGAAGGCUUUUAGGGAGAGGAGAUGUAGUCGUCAGGAGGUGAUCAGCUACUACUCUGAGAAACGGCUGGAUGAGUGUAUGCGUAGUCACAUGGCUCUGGACUGGCUGCAGAGGGAGAGGAAGAGGCCAGGGCUGCUCUCACGGGAGCUGCAGCUGUCUCUCAGAGAGUUGGCCCAUGCUCGGCAGGCUGGCCGUGAGCUCCGCUUCUACAAGGAAAAGAAGGAGAUCCUCAGCCUGGCGCUCAGUCAGGCCUCCACUGAGGAACUGCAGGCCUACUGUGCGGAGGAAGAAAAAGAGUGCUGGAGGAAAGAAGAAGCUGCAUUGGAGUAUCUCACGUGUGGGGGCCACUGUGUGGAGGGUAGCAUGGUGGACUCGUUAGAACAUUGUGAGUUUUAUUACCUGGAGAGUGAGAGUGACAAAGAGUCACUGGGCUGAAGUGUGUGUGUGUUUGUGUGUGUGGGGUGAGUUUUGGGUGAAGGGAAGGUCCUUAGAUUCACAUUGAAGAAAAGAGCCUGUAUGUUGUAUAUUUUCUACUCCUAUGUAGAGUUCUUUUUCAGUGUACUGUAAUGUGUCUGCAGCUAAAUGAGCUCCUGUGUAAAUCGGAUUUAUUUAGUAGUAAAUGUGUUAGUAGUACAUGUAGGAUUUGAACUUCUGGAGAGCAGCUCCAGCUCUCUUAUUGUUUGGACUGAGAAUUUGGCUUGCAUUGAGCAAAAAUCAUUUUGUAUUGCCUUGGGAUUUAGAAGGGAAUGUAAAUAAAGGCUGAUACUUUUUGCUUCGGCCACAGGGUGCCGCCAUAUCCUGUGAAUGGCUGGUCCCCAGAACUAGGGUAUAAGAUGUUUCUUCCCCAGAUCUGUACAGGCCAUUUUCCCAAUAAACUGAAUGGGAAAAAAAACAGUAAUAAUCAUGAAAGUUUUAAGUUAAACUCCUCUCUUUAAUAGUGUUUUAACUGUAUUCUGUCACUGUGUACUCUUAGAUCUUUUGAUAGUUAAGAUUUCUUAGAUUAAUAAAGUGGUUCUACUUGAACCCUUUUCAGUAGGUA